AGAGAAUGGAUUUAGGUUGUUAGGGAGUCCCAAGUUGGAGUCAAGAGUCCGAACGUUGGGUUAGGUGAACGUGAUGAGUACACGUUUGGAACAGUGAGUGGUUGGCACUGUCUACCAUACGCCCAGUUGAUGAGGAAGUGACGGGACAUUGCAGGUUCGCCACCAUGCCCAUCAACACCUCGGAGAUCCUGACCCUUGUGACGCAGGUGUGUGAGGAGGAGAAACUGCGGGUCCCGGUGAAGGAGAGUCUGAAGGGCGGGGCGAUAGCCUUUGCCACCACCACUGUUGGGGGCCUUCUUGCAGGGCCGGUGGGUCUGGCCGUAGGAGGGACAGUUGGAGGUCUGACGGCAGCCUUUCUGUCGCAUGGCAAGUUUAAGAGCGUCGCUGACGUCAUCAGGAAUGACCUUACGGUGGCACAGAGGGAACAACUCAGCAACUCAGUUAGGAACAUUAUCUACGGCAUUGGUCCAGAGGACGUGUUAGUUCUCACUGCGUACGCUCUCCAGCCUGCGGUGAAGGAACGGGUGCUGCAGGAGGUGUUCAGCUUCUUCCGGUCACAACUACAACUGCAAAUUGUAGACUGAGCUCUUGGUGGAGGUGUGGGGCUAAGCUUUUCUUUUAUGGAUGUAAGAAGGUUGUUUUCAUUUUCAGUUUGAUCCUUUCUUGGAAAGUUUAUAAUUUUAUUUACUAAAUUGCAUUUCUUUUCAUACUUUGAAAACAUUGUAUAUAUGUAAUGUAUAUACUACAAUCUCAGCAGAACGUGUCUUGACUCCGACUCUGAACUGUUCCCUGGAUGAGGGUGAGUCACACCAAUGGUCGCUGUUCAGUGGGAUGUAGUUUCCUGUAAAUUGUCAUGUCAUCAUUUUUAAUAUUUAAAUCUGGCAAAUUGAACAUCUCAGUGUCUAUAUAUUGUUGAUCAAGUUUGCAUUGAGCUGUGUGUAAACAUGUAUGCUCAAAUAUGUAAAAUCUUCAGGAUACUGGCAUUGCAGUUCUUUGAGUCACAGUUCAUGGUACAAUUGAACCUUGAAAGAUAUACGUUGACAUUCACAAUGACUUCGCCGUCUUUCAGUCACAAAAGUUGAGCACAUUUCAUGGGGUGUCAUGUUACCCUUCCAUUACUCUUCGUAUAUCGUUAUUUAUUAUUAUAUUUUGGCAGUUGUAUUAUACAUCUGAAUAUUAAAGUGCAUUGUGUGGACUUGUAUCAUUGACAUAUAAAUGGCAAUAUGAUAAGUAUGCUAUGGAGACAAGGGUGUUCAGUUUGCCUGAUCAAAAUAAACAAAGAAUGAUGCAUUUGCUCUGCCCAGUGAAGACAGAUUCAGCUUCCUGACACACUGCUUCAUCCAGGGAACUGUUGAGCCUCUUGGUAUAAAUGCAAACACUACUUCUCAGUCUGUCAGUUGCUAAUUGAUGCACUCUUCACUAAUACUCUGUAGAAAGCAGCAAGUACAAUUAGUGGGAUUUUGCAGGAACUUGGUCUAUUUACUUAAGCAACUUUUUAUUCUACUUAGUUACUCUGGAAUGUAAAUAAGUAUAACUAUUUUAGCCUUUAUGAAUUUGAGUCUUUGCAUGUAUAUUGUACAUAUACUUCGAAGUGUAACUAAGCUUAAAUGUAAUAUGUACACUGUCAUCAGCUUCAGCAGAACUGCUGGUGAGAGCCUUGUUGAGCAGGGAGUGUUGGCUUGCCCUCAGCAUGACAACUCUUGGUGUAGUGCUCCUCACGGCCUACAGAGACAUGCUCCCUCCCUGUAAGCCUCAGUGUCCUCUUCUAAUCCUUCUCCUUCCCAACCAGUUUCCUCCUCUCUUUGGAGGCGGGGAAACUGGGAUGAGGAAAGGCAAUGGGGAGGAGGAGGAAUAGGAAACAGAGGCUGACAGUGAGAACAUCAGUUUUAAAGACCUAGUAUUUUAAAAAGAUUCAUUGGAAAUGUCAUAUGACUGACACCUUGGACAUUUUUAAGCUCUGGCAUGGUGAUGAGGAGAGGGAACUGUAGAGGAAUGUGUACAAUGUAGUAUUUGUGUGUACUGCCGGGGAGGAGGGAAGGAUGUGGCCUUCACUUUACUACUCUAAUAUGUUGGCAUACAGAAAUGUUUGUUUGUAAGAGGAGAUUUGAAAGAUACAAACAGAGAAAGGGAGAGACCAAAAGUUCAGGUCAGGGAAGAAAACUUAAUACUCUUUAUUUAUGUUUUGGAAUCGGAGCUCUCUAAGCUGCUUCUGAAAGCUUGUCACUGAUUGAACAAUGGGUUCUGUCAGCCUGUUCACCUGAGACACCUCCUUUCUUUGCAUCAACAUUAGAAUGGUGGUAGAUUAUGACUGUUCACCAAGGCACAAACUGACAAAAAUAAAGGGGUAAUGCGAGGCAGUCAGAGAGGCCAGUAGAAAUGUUAACACUGUGGAGGAGCUUAUUUGAUUUGAAAUUCCAAAGGGCAAGGAAAGUAUUACACAGUGUAGGCGUGCCACAGAGAACAGAAGUAAAGCUUGUGGUGUGAGGAGGCCAGUGUUUGUGAGAAAGACAGACUAAAGCAGAGGUCCAAUCAGUGGCAGUCUUUACAAAUUUAUUAGGCUCCAAUUACAAACUCUGAUUAUUGUUUAGGACAAACUGCUGGAAAUGUUCAGUGGUGGAAUUGCUUGCAUGAACAUUUCUUGGUGGUAUCAAGGUUUAAUGAAAGUUUUGUAACAUCUCAAUACUCACGUCAGUUGUCAGUGGAGGCGUUCCAUGUGUGGAAUAGAGAGCAAAGUGAAGGAUGCAAGUGCCAUGUUUGGCAGCCACUUUAGCAGUCAAGAUGAAGCAAAUUCUUGUUUGGCAUGGCCUCUGAAAGCCUUCCUCAGACUGAAGGUCCCACACCCUGUAAUCAUGUGUUCCUGGUGGAUGCUGGUGCUACUAUUUUUACUCCUGGUCCAAAUCUGAAGUGCCUUUAAAGUUAAAGCUCAAUAUUAGAGUUAAAUUGAGAUCAAUGCUGUGGGUACAAUAUUGAGGUGAUGUAAAUUUGUUCCUAGUGAUAUUUGUUGAGGCAGCCCUUGUAAAGUAACACCAGACUCGCACUCCCCACAACAACUGCUAGAACUAUCCUCCCUGGCACAGCACUGGACUGUUGCUUCAAGGCUGUGUACCAGAUAUUCAUUACAAACAGAAACCAUAGCAAUAACUCAUAAGCAAUGAAGCAAACCUUACAGAGUAACAUCAUGCAGGAAGGACUAUUAUUUUCCCUUUAUUGUUGUACACACCCAGACAGAACUUUAAGACCUCACAGUAGGGAGCACACGGCAGACAGGAAUGACAGUAAUAGACAGACAGACAGGCAGAUGAACUAAUUUGCAGUUACCAGAGAGUUGUAUUUUCCAUUUAGUCACCCGGACAGAUAAUAAGUAAAGUGCGAGUUUGUCAGAGUAACUUUAAGGGCAAGAUGUUUUAAUGUAAGAGUUGACAAGUAGCUCCUGUGGCAUUACUUUUUGUCUCUAUUCAAAUUCAUAUCACAGCCAUUGAUAGUGCUGUCUUUGUGGGGGAAUCCAUAACAACUGUUCACUUGAGAAACUGUAUUUCCCCCUGGUAAUGUGCCUUGAGAAAAAAAUAUUGGUGACAUCUGCCUCUGCCUUGUUGUCCGUCGCUACAGUGCUGUUAUAUUGGAGAAACCAUGUUGAUUAAUCUGAAUGUAGACAUGCUGUUUCUUCUCUUGUUGCUAAAUGUCUCACAGAACAUUUUUGGUAAAUACUCAUAAGUCAUGCAGUGAUGGUGAGCAUGAUGGUUGUGUUAGAGGCCAUCUUAUCUAUAGCUAUAAAACUUGUCACUGUGCAAGGAAGAUUACUGCUAAAAGGCUGAAACAUUAGGAUGAGUUGAUUUUUUUUCAUUUUUCUUUUCAUAACAUUUAAGUUAAUUUCAUGAAGCCAUCCAAUCCAUAAUUAGAAAACUCGUCACUGUGCAUGGAAGGUUCAUAAUAAAAAAGUAAAACCCUUUUGGAUAAGUUGAACACAAACAUUUUUUUUCUUGCUUUCAACAGACUUCAUGCAUUAAAAAAAGCCUUGACAAACCUGCUCCCACUCUGUAUUGCACUGAAUCAAAGUCAUACGGGCAUUUGGGUCACAAUUUAGAUAAGACUUGCUAUAUGUGUUCAAAAGUCAAUGUAGAAGUGAACUAUUUUUUUUGUAAUAUAUAGACAAACAUUAUACAUGUAUUAUCUUCUGGUAAUAUUGAGCUGUGAAAUACUGAGUGUUGUCUCACUGCAAUAUUUUAGUGGUUAAGUUGAAUAGGCCAGUGAUCACAGUAGACUUAAGUACUAUUCAGUUUAAUUUUGUCCACCAAGAGCCGGUACUAAAGUAAGGCAUUCAUAUUACACUUAUGUAAGGUUGUUUGUGAUAUUAAUCUGCAAGGAAAUGUUCUUUAUACCAAACUAAUCCAAUUGGCUGUCAGUGGUUCUAACAAUUGAGAAGCUGUGGAGUCUGGAGAGUUUUCAAUUUCUCCGGGUGGAGGGCAGAAACUCCACCCUGUACAAGAGUAGGCUGAGGUGGGUCAAAAAGAUAAACUAAACAUGAGAGAACUGCAAGAAUAAAACCCAGCCUUGCAGGUGAAAGAUUUACCAGACAGUUUCGGUGGACACUGCCACUGGCACUGAAGAUGGUUGCAUGUCCACUGAAACUGUCUGGUAAAUAUACAUCUUUCAUCUGCCAGGAUAAGUUUUAUUCUCAUUAGGAAGAUCAUGUCAGUGUGAUUAUCCCAUGAGAGAAAACUAUGAUACAAAGUUAACAUAUCUCAUUUGUGGGCCAUUUUUUCUGCCUAGCCUUGUGUUCUGUACUUUUCAAACCCAUCUUUAAGUUUUAACGGGUAUUAGUUGAACAGUUAAGACUCGAAUGAACUAGAAUAAACUUAAUAUACACACAGUGGAUGGGCACCCCUAGUCACUGUUAACUGGCAGAGUCGAGCUGCUACAGUAACCCUGCAGCACAGCCUCUAGUGCAUGGGUGGAGUUCAGUGUCUCCAUGUUUCCCUGUGUGCUCUGUAAGGAAAUGAAAGCCAGGGAUGGAACAAAAGAUCCUCUUCUCUCCUACUUAAUAAAGGAUACAAGUCAUUAAA